CUUUGGAGAAAGCUCGCUGUCAGGCAGAUUCAGGUGCAGUGAGAAGGGAAACAGAGAGGAGAAUGAUAUUAAAGGUGGUGGUUUCGGUUGUGUGUGCUGCUGCCGUGCUGACCGUAGGGAUCCUGAUCGGCCACUUUGGUAUCGACAAGGGCAGCUCGGCACCGUCCUGGGUGAAUGAUGUGGCGAAGGAUGUGGACGAAGCCCUCAUUGAGAAGUUCUUGUCUGAGGUUGAUAACAUCCAGAUCCAAGAGAACCUUAGGGAGUUGACCAAAGUGCCCCAUAUGGCCACCACACCUGGAGAUGAGCAGACAGUGAAGCUCAUGCUGGAGAGGUGGCGGGACCCUGAAACCGGUCUGGACGAUGCCUGGAGAGAGGAGUACAUGGUCUACCUCUCCUUCCCCGACACCAAGAACCCCAACAAGGUCACUGUAGUGAGUCCAACAGAUGCCGUCAUAUACACUGCCAGAGAGAAAGAGAAGCCUUACACUGCCGACCAAGAUGAUCCUGAGGUGGUUCAGCCGUACGCUGCGUACUCCCCUCCUGGAAACCCAAAGGGGAAACUGGUGUAUGCCAACCAGGGGAAACCAAGUGACUACCAGGAGUUGAACAAGACAAUGGACCUCAGGGGAACCAUUGCUAUCACCAGAUAUGGAGGAGCAGGCAGGGCUGCUAAAGCCAUCAAUGCAGCACCCUAUGGUGUCAUCGGUGUGCUUGUCUACACAGACCCUUUGGACAUCAACGAUGGUCUCAUGUCAGACAAUAAUGAGACGUAUCCUCACUCCUGGUACCUGCCUCCCUCUGGAGUGGAGAGGGGUUCCUUCAACACUCACUAUGGAGACUUGCGCACACCCUACCUGGCUGCCAAAGAGGACACCUACAGAAUUCCUGUUGAGGACAUCACAGGGAUCCCUCCCAUUCCAAUUCAACCAAUCGGAUUUGAGGAUGCCUACGUACUAAUCUGUGAGCUGGGAGGAGAACCAGCUCCAGCCAAUUGGCAGGGAGCGUUCAACUGUUCCUACAACGUUGGAGGUCCGGGGUUCAAACAAACAUCUGCUUUCAACAGCAGUGAUGUGAAACUGGACACCUUCAAUCGUGGAGAACUGAGGAACUCCUCCAAUGUGAUGGGAGUUAUCAGAGGGAGCGUUGAGCCAGACAGGUAUGUGAUCUAUGGGAACCACAGGGACAGUUGGGUUCAUGGUGCCAUCGACCCGAGCAGUGGGACGUCGGUCAUGCUGGAAUUGACCAGAGUGUUGGGAAAGAUGGUGAAGCAGGGCAAAUGGAGGCCUCGCAGGUCAAUAAUAUUUGGAAGCUGGGGAGCGGAGGAGUUCGGCCUUAUCGGCUCUGCAGAAUACACAGAGCAAUACUUCACCAAGCUCAGUGAACGGACUGUUGCUUACAUCAAUGUGGAUAUAGCUGUCUUUGCCAAUGCCACUCUCAGAGCUUCAGGGAUGCCGUCAGUACAGAAUGUCAUCUUCAAAGCAGCAAAACAGGUCAAUGCAGCUGGAAUGGAGUCAACAUCUGUGUAUGACAACUGGAUCAAAUAUUCCAACUGGACAAGCCCGGAACAUGGACUCAUUCCCAAGAUGGGAUACCUCACAGGAGCAGGGAGCGAUUAUGCUGCCUUUGUCCAUUAUCUGGGAAUCACUGCCAUGGACAUUUCAUACACAUAUGACAGGAGUAAAACAAAUGCUCGGAUCUACCCUGCGUACCACACAGCAUACGACACCUUUGACUACGCCUCAAAGUACAUUGAUCCAGGGUUCUUCAGUCACCAGGCUGUUGCCAGGACGGCAGGGAACGUCCUGAUUCGAUUGGCGGACAGCCUUGUGUUGCCACUCAACUGCAGUGACUACGCUGAGCUUCUUGAAAUGUACCUCAACAGGGCAGUGGAUCUGUAUCAGAGUAAACUGCAAACCGUAUCCAUCUCCAUGGAGCCACUAAAACGUGCAGUGGCCAGCUUUCGCAGUGCAGCUUCUCAUCUGGACCAGAUGAUCCUCAGUUCAGACCUGGCAAGCGAAACACCAAUGAAGGUCAGAAGGAUCAACGACCAGCUCAUGCUGCUGGACCGAGCUUUCUUGGACCCCCUUGCCUUCCCAGAUAAAUAUGCAUUCAGGCAUGUUAUCUGGACCUCAAGCAGUGCCGGCAUGUCGACUUUCCCAGGUCUGGCUGAUGCCUUCGCUAAAGCUGAGUCAUCAGGACAGUCCAGCGACUGGGACAAAGUGCACUACCACCUGUCCGUCCUGAGCCAGAACAUCGCGGGUGCCGCCAACACACUGGUUGACGUCAUAUAGAGCAGGAGGAGGGAGGAGAGAGAGACUGCACUUGCACUGUGAUUUUAUUUUUUUUUUUCAAAGAGAUAGGGACCUGGAGCCAGUUAGGCCAUGAUGGGACUAUUUAUGAAAGAUAUUAAGUGAUUUGACAUAGGAAUCAAUAAACAAAGCACACCACUGAACAGUAAAAUGAUUGAUGUAUUCUACUUUUGUAACACGAUCAAAAUAUUUCAAUAUGAUGAAUCUUUUUCAUUAAAGCACUUCAUUAAAGAUGAACUACAAUUAUUGU